UGCAGCGCCCCCUGGCGCCGCGGCAGCUCCUACCCGCGCCGCCCGGUGUCUCCCUCAGCCCCGCCGCAGCCGCGAGGGGAUGGCCCGGCUGGGCCCCGCCAUGAAGCUGCACUUCAGCAUCGCUGCCGCCGAGGAGCUGCGGGACAGGCGUGGGGGGGCGCGGGGAGUGUACUCGGUGUGUCUGCAGGGCUUCCUGCUCGGCAAGGCGCGGUACAGCCAGCUCCGCCGGUGGGACGCGCGGGAUACAUUUAAGAUCCAAACCAAGAGAGCCUUUUUGGAUGUUUACCUCGCUGAUGGCAGCAAUAAUAGACUUGAGAUCCAGACACUGGACACUGCAGAAAGAAUAUUAGAGGUUACAUUAUUUGAGAUGGGGCUAUCAAGAGAAUUAAUGAAGUAUUUUAGCUUAUUUUUCUUUCAAGAUCAUGACAAUGGAGUGCUCUCUGUGAUGAAAAAAGUGGCAGAAUUUGAACUUCCUUAUGUGAGUCUUCAGAGCAUGAAGGAGUUGUACUGUAAGCUUGGGAUCAGAAAAUGGUAUAUGGAUUCUUCUCUUGACACACUGCUGAUGGAUUGUACAGCUUCACUGAAUUUGCUAUAUAUGCAGGCAAUCCAGGAAGUUGAGAGGAAUUGGGUUAAACCAACAGAAGAGCAGAUGCAGGAACUUGGAUUCCUACAAAAAAAAAAGGCAAACAAAGUAAAGUUCCUGGAGCUGAUUUGAGAAAUGCAGUCCUAUGGAUGCGUAGGGAUUGAUCCUUGCAUUUGUGACUAUCCAGAAGAAGGCUGUUCAGCUGACAUCGUUGUCGGCAAUAAUGAGAUUCACUGCUGCAUAAAACUUCCUACUAACCAGACCAAAGAGGUCAGCUUUAAAAUCAACAGGUUAAGAAGCUGGCAGGUUACUUUUCUUAGUGCUACAAAGGAUGGUGAAGAAGACACUCUGGAGGUUAGAUUUGAGUACAAUGACUCGGGCACAUGGCAGUGGAUAAUUUUGUACACAAAACAGGCCUUUUUGCUCAGUAGCUGCUUGAAGAAAAUGGUAUCAGAGCAGAUGAUAAAGGCAGCCAAAGAAAGCCAAGAAACGGAGAUGAAGAUGCCUGAAUGCAUGUUAAAUAGUAAGAAAUCCAGCAUCCAACAAAAGCAGGUAGUUCAUUUGGGUUUUAUAUCAAGGAAAAGAUUUUUGGUUAGGCCAAAUGAAGAUGACUGUGUAUUUGAGAAAAUAGGAGAAGAGGACCUGUAAUAAUUUAUUUUGGAUUUUUUCUUUCAAAAUUAAUUGUCUGGGAAUAAUAAAGCUGUAGUUGAAACUUUGAA